AUGUUUUUGGAUCAAAGACUUGGUGGAUUCAGUCCCAUGCCACGCUUUUCGACUGUCUCGCUUAUGGUGGUUUGGACGCUUGGAUUUGUUGUGGCAAUGACUACGGGCGCACUAGCGGAUGCGUUUCAAGGAAAUGCGCCAACUUUCCCUUUUAUUCCAACAGCGUGCUUGGCAGUAGGACUUAAUGGUUUUUGUGCUCUUUUCUCCAUUCUGCUUGGAUGCAGUUUGUGGGAUUCAUUUAGCAUAUAUCAGCCAUUUGCGGGUGGAGAACGGUAUGUGUUACUCCAAGUAUGUGGUUGGACACUCGUUGUCUCUUGUUCAUCCUUCAUGGUUUUGUAUCUUGUUCAGUUGGAGCCACCCAUGUAUAGGUACGGAGCGCUCACGAUAUUGGAAGGAUUUGCAUCCAUAGGGAAUAUUUUGUUGGCCGUGUCACUUCGCUACUUUAGCCCUUCUGAAUCUCGGAAUUUUGUUGAGGCAACUCCGCAGCAUCCAAAAGGCCAGCCAGCCAGAGAGUCCGUUUUGAAGUGGAUACUACAUAGCCCAAACUCUGAAACGGCGUUGGUGAUUAUUUUUGUUUUGUUUCAGUUGUUUUUGUGUAAUAUUGGGGCUUUAUUUCAAAUUAUUUCUUCACCGGCGAUGGUUGUAUUUACAAUUUUUCAUUUAUUGAGUGGUAUCCUUAUUCAUUUCUUGAUUGAAUGGAAGCAGAUGGAGGGAUUCAAAAUGCUGCGAGGACCCGUGGAGACUUUGUACUAUUUGCUUUCUUUGUUGGUGUACUUUGUGGCACUUGUGGGGGGAAUUGCUCUGAUUCGCACAGGGACAGAAGCUCCACAGGUGGCUUUUGGAGUGACAGCGUUGGCGGCUUUUACUGGGAUCUUAUCCAUGUUGGCGCUAGUUAGGACCGCACGGAUUAAAGAGUCUCAUGUAUCUUUUCACUUUGUCGUGGCGAGGUAUGCUCGAUUUCUUCUUUCAGCCAUGGCGAUCGCAUUGGCAUUUAUUGCAAUCGGCAUUAUGUAUUACGUACAGGUCCAGAAACAUUUCCUUAUGGAGUCUAGGAAUGGACGGGCAUUAAUGGAUGGCUUGUUUUUUUGCCAAACUUUGUCAGUGUUUUUUUUACUUGCAUUGAUUCCAGUGACACAUCUAAUUGGGCGUGUGAUUUACGGGGCGGCUUUCAGCUUUUUUCAGCCUUUUCGUGGUUCCGUGGGAUUUGUGUUUCUUCAGGCGCUUGGUUGGGCAUUUUUUACCGCCUGCAUUCUCUGCAUGACGCUUCAUAUGACAGCGACAAAUUUUCGAUGGAUUCUUUGUGCUGCGGCUGCUGGCGUUAUGGGACAAAUUUGUAUUCAAUUUUCUAUCAAAGCCUUUGCCUCGGGUUUUUGUACGGAGGCAAAGCAGGGAUUAGGCUUGGGGAAAAGAAGUGAAACUAAAUCUGAAAAGGAAAGUGUCAUCAGCGGUGAACUGAUUCUUAGCCUUCUUCUUCAACUGGCUUCUAUCAUUUUACGCCUGGUGGUAGACAUUUCAUUAACACAAGACGGAGAGUUUUCAGCCGUUCCGACGCACGUGCUGAUGGGUUUUGCUUCACUGGCUUCGUUGGUGAGUGUACCUCUGGCUCAUUAUUCUGGGAAAAGCAAAGAUAUUCCCUUCUUUGCACCGUUUCGGGGUAGUGGUACGUAUAUUGCCUUGCAGGCCUUAGGAUGGAUUGUGUAUGCAUUAUUUGUACUGAAGACUAUUCUGGAUUCUGUGCUUGCUCUGAACGGCGUGGCGUCCGUGUAUUUUUCUUCCGACCGUCCCCCUUUUCUUUGGUUCACUUUGGAGGGAUUUCUCCAGGUGGUUCCGCUUUUACUGAUUGUGCUUUCCGUGGUCAUGGAAGGUCGCUUUUCUGUUUCACGACGACGACGUCAAGGAAUGGUUGUGGAGGCUCUUGAACGCGUGAAAAGGGCACUGGAUGAACGCGUCGAUGCACAAGAGGAGAGUGAAAGGGCGGCGUUGCAAAUGUCCAUGCGGAUUUUGGCCGCGUCCACCCUUUCAGCUCACGGUAUGCAGUACGACAGUUCUCGUUUUUGUCUCAGUGUCAAACCCAAACGAAAGUGUACAGCAAUAAAAGAAGUUGCAGAAGAGAUUAUUGACGGAACGCAGGAGGAGGAUGAUAUUUUACCCCUCUUUUCGACAGAGGCGGAGAACCGGCAUGGUGCAGCAACCUUGUUGGUGGUGAUGAUGUGUUUUUCCUCGGUCUCGAGUUAUAUCAUUGCCGCACUUUGGGCAAACACGGUACCGCUCGUUGGGUUUGUAUUUGCUCUCUGUGGCCUUACCGUGUGUACCAUUUCGUGUGUGAGUACGCACUGUGGAUAUGGAGCAUUGCUACAUGAUCGCACCGGGGAAUAUACAUUUUUUAUGCCAUUUAAAGGAGGUUCGGUGUUUGUGGCACUGCAAAUUGCUGGUUGGGUGAGCUAUGCAUGCACAUUUGUUCUGACUGUUAUUUACACCUUGGAGGAUAAGGGGGAGUACGUCCAACUUCUUACCGGGGCGUUUUUUUCAGUAUUCAGUCAAUUUUUUAUUCUAUUCUCUAUACCUAAAUUUGACUCGCGGCCCAAGCGUCUGACAUACCUGGACGAGAAUGGUGAGGGAGUUGUGGCGAUGUUGGUAUUCCUUGGUGCAUUCUUGAUUGGUCAUCUCUAUCUGCGUGCGCAGGAGUUUUUUCGGGUCCUGGAUGAUACUUCUGGUGUUGAAGAAGACAUCACUGCCUCAUCACGGCGAUCGCACGUUCCUUUUUUUAUUAUGGCACUUGGCAUUAUGACUGCCGUGCCGUUUAUUUUGAUCACACUCAGUCGUUCCGCCAGACGUUUGGAGACGGUGGCGUAUUCCCCGUGCCGUGAUAUUGACACUGAGGAAGAUGUGUCAUUGGGACGUCGCAAAUCACUCUUUUUGAAUAUUACUCUGCGGUUAUCAGAAAUUAUGAUGUUGAUGCUUGGAAUGGUCACACCCAUGGCAUUUAUUUUUGUAAUGUACUAUAUUGUGAACGGCGUUCACAGUGGACUCUUGCACAUCAUACAGUAUUGGAUACCUUUUGCGCUCAUGGCAGGCACACUUGCCUUGUUGAUUUCUCUUGUGCCACAUGUCAUGGAAAUUGGUAUGUUGGAGCAAUUGGUAGCAUUUAGGCAGUGUGUUGUAACGUGCGGUUUGUAUUCAUUGCCAAUUAUUUCUUUCUGGAUUGCGUUGGGACCGGCAUUUUUUUUACCCUUUCAUUCUGUUGGAGCGUACUACACGGGAUUCAUGUACUUCUCCUUGGGUGUGGCUGCUCCUUCUCGUCAGUUCCGCAUGUUGCUAAGGUUUGGUGUGUAUGCAAUGCUCGGGUAUGCUAGCUACCUGGAAUAUCUUCGUGUACUCGACAGCGGUACAGUAAUUGCUGCACUAUCCACGCUGAGGUACUAUGCCGUCGAUGCGGUGGUACUGCUGGUGUGGCUCUGGUACCUUCCCUCGUAUGAUGGAGAACCGGAGGAGAAGGGCGCGUACCAUAGUGUGGGGUUUGUGAAAUGGACACAGAAGUACAUAUUUAGAGACAUUGACCGUUAUUUUAACUACCGGAUUAUUCGGGAAGAUGAAUCCCUGAAUCUGCGGGACAGCAGUCAUCAAUACAUCUUCGCAUUUCAUCCUCAUGGGGUCUAUGCGGGCACUGCUCUGUGCGGCGUUUUCUCAGACGCGUGGAAGCAAAGUAUUGGGUACAAUUCAAAGACUCACGUCACCACACAUGAAGCGAGUGUCUUGUUCAAUAUUCCAAUUAUACGAGACUUUAAUUUGAGAUUAGGGGCGCUCUCUGUAACGCGCUCUUCCAUUGCAUCCACCCUUGCUCGAGGAAACAGCCCGCUCAUUGUCAUUGGUGGGCAGGCGGAGUUGAUUUUAACGAGGCGCAGUGACAAGGUCAUGUCGCUCAUUACGUACCACCACGGCUUUGUAAAACUGGCACUGAAGCACAAGGUGCCACUUGUGCCGCUGAUAAGCUUUGCGGAACAGAAUGUUCUGAGCAUUGUUCGAGCACCAAGACUGCAUCAUGCCACACUGAAGGUGCUGGGAUUUCCUUUACCAAUUUUGCCGUACGGUCGUUGGCUGUUACCGCUGCCACAUCGUACGCCGAUAACGAUUGUCGUGGGGUCCCCUCUGCCCAUCCCUGCUGGUGCGAGCGCCGAUAAUCCAAAAGAUGUUGCCGAUCUCGCCGAGGUAUAUUUUGCAUCACUUCGAACUCUCUUCUACAAACAUCGUGCAGCAGCCGGUUACCCAGAAAUGGAGCUUGAUUUUUACACGAGGAAUAGAAAAAAGGUGCUAUCCAAUUCCCUCUUUCUUGAGUGA